AUGCGUCUCUUGGACGACGGGCGUCCUCUCUUUCUUCCCACACUCGUCCGUGCUUUCAGGAUUCGUGUUGCAAAUCCUGAUGUGCCGUAUAUGGUUGUCUCGGCUUGCGAUGCGACCGUAGGCACGUUGGAGCGUCCCCGGAGGCGCCGCGCUGGAUGUGCCAGUCAACUAUGGCCUAUGCUUUCAGUUGUCAUGGUGCCUAUCUCUGUCUUUAUGCGAAGUAGCGACGUAGGUGCAUCCUUUUUGGCAAGGAGACCCAGACGCAAAGACAGUCGCCUGCCGCGUGAAGGACACAGACCGCAGACUCCCUUCCGGAGUUGCGAUCGAAGCUGGUAUACUAGCAAACUUGGCAUGUUGUGGUACCCCGGCAUUAUGAGAGAGAGAGAACAGCCACCUGAUGAAGAGUCUAGGGAAGAGAAAUUAGUAGUUUGCAAGCUGUCCGAGCGUGUAGUUAUAUGCGUGCUAGUCGAAAGGAGAGAAGAAUCGAAAGCAGUGUCUGAUGGCAAUGGUGGUGGUUCAACAUGGCCGAACUGGUUUCCGGAAACAAUAUAUCUGUUUAUAUGGACGACUGCGUCCUGA